CUGUCAUUUUUCAAUGAUCUAGUUCUCAUCCUUAUAAAGCCAGGAUCUGUUCAAUAGGAAGUAAAAGUAUUUGGUAUUUUCCAGGUUCCAAAAUGGCCACUAUGCAUUUAGACUUUCAUGACGUCAGGCUGUAAAACGGACUAACCACCCUAUACGGAGUAAGCGUUCCGGGGCUGGUUGGCAGCUUGAUGAGGUGGACCAGGAAGUGAGGACCGAAAAGCAGGGGCUUUUGGCUGGGGAGUAUUUCCCAUUAACACCAACAUGACUAACGUUUACUCUUUGGACGGGCUCCUGGUUUUUGCUCUGCUUUUUGUCUGUACGUGUGCUUACUUCAAGAAGGUGCCUCGUCUGCGUAGCUGGCUGUUGUCUGAAAAGAAGGGUGUUUGGGGAGUCUUUUAUAAAGCUGCAGUUAUUGGCUCCCGUCUACAUUUGGCUGUUUCUGUCUCGUGUAUUACAAUGGCCUUUUACGUUUUGUUCAUAAAGUGACCUCUGUGAUAUCGUCAAGUCACACCUCACUUCCAGCACCUCCCAAAAAAAAUUGGGGACCAGAAACCGAACCAAGCCAGGAAAUUAAAAAAAUAAAAAUAAACUGCUGCAAGAAAAUCAUCCUCUGCUGGAUAUGGAUUAAUAUUACUUCAUCAAAAUGAUGGUGUUUAUAAAGACUAUAAUACCAUAUCCCCUUAGGGAGUAAACUUUUCCUAUCUUGCUCUAUAAUAUAAAGCCUCUUUUCAAUUGUAACUGAAAGCUGAAUUUGAAAAAGAUGUUAAAGUUAAAGGACUUUAAAACUGUUUUCCAUAGUUGCUGCUGUAUGUAUGAUAGUUAUGACAGUUGAGGGAAUAAACCAAUAUAACGUACUAUGUGGCCAUGAUACAAACAAAUGUAUCAUUAAUGUAUUUAAUAGACUAAAGCAGGGUGUCCAGCCUGUUUUUUUGGAGGCUCGUUCAGGCCAGGAUAUAAGGGACUUUCUGCUUGAGUACAGGUUCAAUUAGAGAGAUCCCCAAUUGCUUUAACCCCCAGAUAAAGACAACCUAUGUUAUUUCCAAGAUACUGUGUUCCAUCUUUACUUGCCACUGGUACAAGUACUGCAGUUUGGUUUGUACACUUAAAACUAUAGGAUAAUACACAUAACUGUGUUGCAUGGAAAGGAUUCAAAACACACUUUACUCAAAAUUAAAAGUACUGUGUUCCUUUAGACCACUGUGUUAGCAAAGUAACCCAAUGGCCAUAGCAAGCGUGAGGCGUGAGGGAGGCAGACAUGUUAGGAUCACAACAAAAUGGUGGUUUUGUCUUUAUAAACCUAUAACUAUGGAACUGUGGGAUACCACAGGAAGUAGACUAUGCUUUGCAGUCUGUGAUUUGACACUAAUAAUUGUUUUUUUUUGGCUACUAGUGGGACAGAAUUGCAGCAACUUUUAGAAACCAUUGCAAAAACAAAUUAAACAUUUUGUUACAAACA